UGUAAAGCAUACUUUUUUCAUUCUAAGUACUUACUAGUUAGUACCUGAAUAUGUGUCCUACUUUGUACAUGCUGGCUGCAAGCCCCCCCUGUCGUGCAGUGUUAAUAACAGCCCACGCCAUUGGUCUAACCUUGGACAAAAAAGAAGUGUACUUUUUUCGUGACGAACAUUUGACACCGGAGUACCAGAAGCUGAACCCCCAGCGUACCAUUCCGACCCUUGUGGACGACGAUGGGUUUGCAAUCUGGGACAGUCACGCCAUCAUGGCCUACCUAGUCUCGAAGUACGCUAAAGACGACUCGCUCUACCCCAAAGACUUGAAGAAACGUGCCAUCAUCAACCAGAGACUCUUCUUCGAAUCGAGUGCGGCCUUCUUUCACAUGAAUUAACGGUUAAAAUCCCACCCUUAUUUUUAGAUUUCUCGACUUUUCGAUUCUUAGAUUUGUCGAUUUUUGGGUUUUUCGAUUUUCGCCUUUCUCUAUUAUCGAAUUUUCGGUUUUCCUAUUUUUCGAAUUUUUGUUUUUUCAAAUAUUUGAUU